CUAUCCAGGCGAAAAAGAACGAAGACGUUGCGCUUAGAUACCUAUUAAUCGCCAAUAAAGACGCUUUAGUCAAGUAGACCGAUCUGCAGUAAGGUCCAUCUCACCGCCAAGCCAAAUUCUUCAACGUCUGGCAUCAUAUUGUCGAUCCCUAUCGAGGCGUCGACUCCGAGUCCCUUAAAAGUCUAAACCGUCAAGUCACCCUUUUACAACAGGGUCAAAGUUACUCUCUCCCAGGUAGCAAUGGCAGGCGUUCCCGGCUUCGUUGGGUUCUCCCUACACGAAGAUGUCCCCUCAUCCUUCUCUAAGAGACAAAAUGGCUGCGUAAGGUGUGAGAGUGGUGCGCCGACGUGUCCAAGUUGUGCCGACGAUGAAAUAUGCCAAUUUACUGCUCAAACUUGCACUGAAUGUCCCCAGGCCCUCUGUAUAAAAGAUCCAACCGCCGAUACUACCACUACCCAAGUCAGUAAAGGACCGAAUUCUGGUGCGAUUGCGGGCGGCGUGAUGGGAGGCUUGGCUGUUGUCGCAAUUAUCACUUAUCUAGUCUGGAGGUUCUGUAUCAAGAGUAAGAGGUCUCGAUACGAACCAGAGCCGUGGCAAGGAGACGUGGAGCAUACAAAGGAAGCUAUGAGUAUGCCAAACGAGUUAGAUGCCUCAGGCCGAUCGAAACGAGCAUCGACACAUACCGUACACUCUAUCGCGUCUACCGUCCUAACCCGCGCUUCGAACAUUAUCCAGAUCGCAUAUAUCCCUGGAGUAACCAACCGAGCUACGCCUACAUCACCAACUCUACUUGUUCCUCCAGUACCACCGAUUCCUAUCGCGCACUCGGACAGCGGCAGCAAUUCGCCCUUCGACGAACAGCGUUUCUUCGUUCCUGGUGACCUUCGAGAUUCGACGUACUCGGGCAUAUCCGGUUAUAGUGACCGUUCGUCAGUUGCCCGAACGUCGUAUGCUCCACGAUCGAGUGUUGCAUCUACUAUAUAUGGAAAGAACGCCGUUAUUUCUCCUCUCCCAGCUCAGAAGGGCAAUUUCCUCAAACCGUCUAUCAUCAGCGUUAAGUCGCGCGCUCCUAGCAGUAACAGCGGCAGUUCAACGCCGCCUGUACCAGCUGUUGACUACGAAAAAUACGAUCAACCACCUGUCUCUCCAGCUUUCAGUAUCGGUGCUACCUUUUUCAAAAACGCUAGCGCAUCAACAGCAACUGCUGUGCGGCCUCAGAUGGUCCGUGUUGGCAGCGGACGCAAGACAGUUGAUGUAAAAUCGAAAUCUUCCCCCGAUGCCGUUGAGGAGUCCGAUAACCCACACAAGGAGAGAGAGUCAAAUGCGGUGACGAUAAUUGAAGAUACGCCGGUUAUAGAUCAGGGCCCCUUUGCAGAUCCACCUAGCCGUGCGAACAAGAACAACAGCUCCCUUAGUGCAGUAAUGGGAGACUCGAACAGAAGGGUCGACAGAAGCAAAUCCUUGACAGGGCGAGACGGCAGCCCGUUCGGCGACGAAAAUGCCUUACGAGACUAAUCUAGCCGCGAUCUAACAUGACGUCUACCAUCAUGAUGGGAUAUGGGAAAUGCGUGACAAAAUGGGGAUAUACUCGUCUGCUUAACACUACUUCUAGUAUUUACUUGGUCUGGACUUUUUUUUUUUCUUUGCUAUUGUUAGUCGGUC